AUUUCCAAUUGCUCUCGUAUUCGUCCUAACUUGCCAUUUUGACUGCCGUCGAUUCAAAACUUUUUCGUUGAUGACAAUGAUUCGUUACGAAAAUCCGCGCAAUAAUUUGUUCAGAUAUCUUAUUGAAUUAACAUUUUGGGAAGAAGGCGGAGGCAAAAUGAUGCGAGCCGUUCAACAACAGAGCGCAAGGUGCCUGACGACAACGGCGUUAUUGUGUCAGGAGAGACAACUAGAUCUCAGUGAUCCAGAACAGCUAGCUCUUCAUAAACUCUAUCGACAAGAAAGGAUUACGCCGCACAAAAGAGGAGUUGAACUGUUGAAGACACCGGGUUUGAACAAGCGGCAAUAUCUUGGUAUUCAUGGCCUUAUUCCUCCUGCCUUUAUGACAGCUGAACAACAAGCGUACCGUGUGAUGUCAAAACUCAGAGAUCAGCCAAAUGAUCUUGCUAAGUAUAUUCAACUGGAUAGUCUUCAAGACCGUAACGAGAAAUUGUAUUAUCGAGUUAUAUGUGAUAAUAUCAAAGAACUAAUGCCUAUAGUAUACACACCAACCGUAGGAUUGGCAUGUCAAAAAUUUGGUUUCAUCUACCGUAAUCCAAAGGGACUGUAUAUAACUAUUAACGACAACUCGAUUAGUAAAAUUUAUCAAAUUCUUUCUAAUUGGCCGUCAACUAACGUUCAGGCUAUUGUAGUGACAGAUGGCGAGCGAAUAUUGGGACUGGGAGAUCUCGGAGCGUACGGUAUUGGAAUCCCUGUUGGAAAACUUUCCCUCUAUGUCGCAUUGGCCGGCCUUUAUCCGGAAUGGUGUCUUCCCGUUCUAAUCGACGUGGGCACGGAUAAUCAGACGCUUCUGGAUGAUCCAUUCUACACAGGUCUACGUCGUAAACGAGUUCGAGGUCCCGAGUAUGACACACUCAUUGACAACUUCAUGAAGGCUGCCACGAAACGGUUUGGCCGCGACACCCUCAUCCAAUUCGAAGAUUUCGGUAAUCAAAAUGCUUAUCGUCUCCUUGACCGGUACAAGAACGAGUACUGCAUGUUCAAUGAUGACAUACAAGGAACGGCAGCGGUUGUGGUGGCAGGCUUGCUGGCAACUACACGUAUCACCAAAAAACAGCUAUCGCAACAGAAAUUCGUUUUCUUCGGAGCUGGAGGAGCUGCUACCGGUGUGGCUGAGAUGUGUGUGCGACAAAUGGUCCAUGAAGGAAUCACCGAACAGGAGGCAUAUGACAACAUCUACAUGAUCGACAUCGAUGGUCUUCUGACGAAAAGUCGAGCGGCCAAUUUAUCAGAACGACAUCUUCACUUUGCUAAAGACCUCCCUGAAACGAAGAGUUUAUUGGAAGUGGUGAAAACGGUAAAGCCCGCAGGUAUCAUCGGUGCCUCCACCGUGGCUGGCGCCUUCACGGAAGAAGUGAUCCGGGAGAUGUCCGAAAUCAAUACGCGGCCAAUCAUAUUCGCUUUGUCUAAUCCAACAAGCAAAGCUGAAUGUACAGCUGAAACAGCAUACCGUCUAACAAAUGGCACUGUAUUAUUCGCUUCUGGAUCACCAUUCGAAAAUGUGGAAAUGGAAGGCAAAAUCUUCAAACCGGGACAAGGAAAUAAUGCCUAUAUAUUCCCUGGAAUUGCACUCGGAUGUGUACUGUUCAAGGCCAAGCACAUCCCUGACAAACUGUUCCUUCUUGCAGCUAGAAUAGUAGCCGAUUCGGUAACCGAGAAAUCGCUUCAUACCUACUCAAGACUAUAUCCACGAUUGAAAAGUAUACGUGAAUUAUCGAUUCACAUCGCUAUUGAGGUUGGCGAAUACCUCUAUAGGCAUGAUCUCGCCACAUUGCAUCCCAAACCUGAUGAUAUGGAAAUGUUCAUUCGACAACAAGUAUACUCUACAGAGUAUACCGACUUGAUAAAUGAAACAUACGACUGGCCAGCGAAAGAUUCGAAACACGGUUUCCCAGUGCCUGUAUUACGGAGGUCGUCUAUGGACGAUGACCCACCCGGCAGUUCGCCGCAUGUUUUGGAUAUGAGAGACCCGAGGCAAAGAGCUCUAUAUAAAAUCUAUCGUCCUGAGAUAGUUACUCCUAAAGUGAGAGGUGUCGAACUGCUCAAGAUGCCGUGGUAUAACAAGGGUAUGGCGUUCACCCUCUACGAACGUCAAUUUCUUGGGAUUCAUGGGCUUAUUCCACCUGCCAUGAUGACAGCCGAACAACAGGCAUAUCGUACGAUGGUGAAGCUCCGUCAACUUCCUGACGAUCUUUCAAGGUACAUAGAAAUGGACAAUCUCCAAGAUCGCAACGAAAGGUUGUUCUAUCGAGUGAUCUGUGAGAACGUCAAGGAGCUUAUGCGCAUCGUCUACACACCUACUGUAGGACUUGCAUGCCAGAAAUUCGGUUUCAUCUUUCGAAAUCCGAAAGGGCUCUACAUAACGAUCAAUGACAACACUAUCAGCAGAAUCUACCAGAUCCUUGCAAAUUGGCCGACAAGAGACGUUAGGGCAAUCGUGGUGACUGAUGGUGAACGUAUACUCGGUCUUGGUGAUCUCGGCGCUUAUGGAAUGGGUAUCCCAAUCGGAAAACUUGCGCUCUACGUCGCACUUGGUGGAGUGCAUCCCAAAUGGUGUCUACCAAUCAUGCUUGAUGUCGGCACCAACAAUGAGAAACUUCUCAAAGAUCCGUUUUAUACUGGUCUGCGAAGAAAACGAACACGUGGAGCGGCAUACGAUCUUCUACUCGAUUACUUUAUGAUAGCUUGCACCAAACGGUUUGGUCGUAAUGUCCUCAUUCAAUUUGAAGACUUCGGUAAUUUGAAUGCAUAUCGCCUACUGGAUAAAUAUAAAAAGCAGUACAACAUGUUCAAUGACGACAUUCAAGGAACGGCUGCGGUGGUCGUUGCUGGCCUUCUCACGACUACUCGAGUUACUAAAAUGAAGUUACGCGACUAUACAAUUGUAUUCUUCGGUGCAGGAGGAGCUGCUACGGGUGUUUCGGAAAUGUGUGUGAGGCAAAUGGUAGAAGAAGGUCUUUCUGUUGAAGAGGCCUGUUCCCAAAUCUACAUGAUGGAUAUUGAUGGUCUUAUUACGAAAAAUCGUAUCCCAAAACUAACACCACGACAUCUUCCAUUUGCCAAAGAUAUGGAGGACACCAAAGAUUUGCUGGAGGUUGUCAGAGCUGUAAAACCUCAUGCGAUCAUUGGAGCUUCGACGAAGGGUGGUGCAUUUACUGAAGAAAUAAUUCGGACUAUGGCCGAAUUCAAUGAACGACCUAUAAUUUUCGCUCUUUCAAAUCCGACAGCAAACGCGGAAUGUACUGCUGAACAAGCGAUUCGUCUAACGGAUGGAAGGGUGCUGUUCGCUUCCGGUUCACCAUUUGAAAAUGUCAAAUAUAAAGGUAGGACAUACAAGCCAGGUCAAGGCAAUAACUCCUAUAUAUUCCCUGGUGUCGGUCUGGGAGCUGUACUUUUCGAAUCGAAGCACGUUACCGACAAGAUCUUCUUGCUGGCAGCGAGGGUGGUGUCGACUAGUGUGACCGAGAAAUCACUCCAGAAAUACGUUAGAAUUUAUCCUCGUCUCAAGGAUAUUCGCGAGUUGUCAAUAAAAAUCGCCACUGCGGUUGGAAAGUACCUAUAUCACCAUAAUCUUGCUACACUGUAUCCGGAACCACACGAUAUAGAGUUAUACAUUCGUCAACACAUCUAUUCGACAGAAUAUGAAGAAACAAUAAAUAAGCUUUAUGAAUGGCCAGCUUCCGAUCUCAAACAAGGCUAUCCGGUUCCCCAAUUGGAAAGAAAAUCUAUGGAAGAUGAAUAG